AGAAAGAAGCGCUUACAUAGAGCUGGCAAACUUGGGCUACAAACAUAAAGCCUUAUAGCUUUAUAGCCUUGCAUUAUGUAUGCAAGUGUGUGGGUUUUUGCAAGUGUGUGAGUUGGAAGUGUUUUCUGACCAUAAUGAGUCUGAAAAACAAGAAAUUCUCACUGAGCAGCUCUAUCGCUGUGGAAGGAGGUGGAUUUUUUGGCCUAAGAAAAGGCGGUCUUAAAUCUGGUAAUAAGAAAUUUACACGGAGCCAGAGUCUGCACGAAACACAACUGGAGAGCCCACUAAAUCCCAGCCUCAGUUCCAACAUGUCCCUGAGUGUCCUCAGAGAGCAGGCCACAGCAGAGGAGAAUCUUGAGCGAUCAGAUGAGCUUGUCAGCAAUCAUGACUUCAUCAAGCACAAUAAAAGCUUCCACAAGCUGUUUCCAGAGAUUCCUGAGGGGGAAAGCGUGGCACAUGCUUUCACGUGCUCCCUGCAGAAGGAAGUGCUGUAUCAUGGAAAACUCUUUGUUUCUGAGAGCCAUGUGUGUUUCCACUCAUCCGUGCUGCUCAAAGACACCAAGGUGGUGAUUCCUGUUUCCAGUAUAAAGGAUGUAAAGAAACAUAACUCGGCCCUAUCUGUGCUUUCUAUAAAAACUGCUGAAGAGAAGUACUCAUUUGUGUCUUUGAGGAGCCGUGAGCUGUGUUACAAGCUCCUCCAAAGUGUGCGCGCCCAUGCACAGGCAGAGGGUGCAAACAGCGGUCCUCAUUUCUCCUCUGCAGAGAACGAAGCUGAUCAUGAUCUGCUCUCCAGUUAUUCCAGUUUGGAGGACCGUGUAGAUUUGAAUUUGAGCAGCGACUCUCUCGAUACCAGCUUUCUUCACAUGUCCAGUGAAGGUCCCAGCAGAAGCAAUUCCACUCGUCAAAACAGCUUUACAGAUGACGACAACAGAGCGGGACCAUGGAUUUGGAGGGCCAUUGAAAGACUGACAGAAAUUAAGAAUCUCAGUGUUCUCUUCCACAUCUAUGUGAUGCUGAUGGUGUUGAUCCUGUUGGCAUCCGGGUACAUCGGGCUAAGGAUUUUAGCACUGCAGGAGCAGCUGAACUCUUUGGGAGCCUUGACUGAUUGGUCUUCACACCACAGAGAGUAGCUGGUGGCCGGGAGCUGUGACAAAACCAUCAAUGUGACCCCUUUGCUGUGAUCCUCAUCCUCGUCUUGACAUAGUGUACAUCCUUCUGUUGUUGUUUGUCCAAAGACAUGUUCAGUAUUGCACACAAACUAGCUCUCUCUCAGUAGACAUGGAACUCCUGUGGCAGCACGAUGUUCUACAGCGGGUGCAGGUCAGCACGAACAAGCUGCUGGGAUGUCUGAAUCAAGGCCACAUGUGGCGAACUACGUGGAUGACUGAUUGUGCUGGCAGUGAGUUACCAGGACAAUAUUUUCUGUUAGGAGUACAUUGAUUCUCUGCUGACUGAUCAGAAAGUGAGGGGAGGCUCCCCUGCAUGGAGCCAUAUGGAGGCAGUCUGCUGAAGCCAUGUUUAUUUCCUGGCUGAUAAACAGCUGAGCUCAGCUAGCAGUAGUUGGCUGUCCUUUUUUUUUUCUUGGACCAACACAGUCUGCAACAUUGACAACAAACUGGAGCUGAAAAAUAAUUAAUUUGUUACUGCUUGAUUUAAAUUGAUUUUAUACAAUUAAUUUAGGCGCUCAUACUGCUUGAGUUAACUGCUGGAAUCUAGAGGCGUGCUUUAGAAGACGACUGGUAAUGACAACAAUUAGCCAGCAGAGGGCAGUCACUUCCAUUAAACAUAGACUUAUGACAAGAUUUGUUGCACUCACUGCAUAUGUGAAUGUUCAGUCACAGACAUGUAUGACAACAGUGAGUGAUCCUUUGUCCCAUCAUUAAAUUUUGCUGAAUUUAGUUCAUACAGGGCUCAUGCACAUUUUGGCCAGUGUUUUCUAUGACUUCUCCAUGACUCCAUGACCAAACCUUCAUGUGUUCUAUGUAGUAGACACUAUUGUGCAAAAGUCUUGAACCACCCUUUGUUUCUUUAUAUUUUGCUACCAAAAAAUGGGGCAAAGAUGCAGUGAUUUAUU